AUGCGCACCCAAUGUAACAAGAUGGCGGAGAGUGCGGAACUGAAGCAAAUGGUAAUGAGCCUUCGAGUUUCAGAGCUCCAAGUGUUGUUGGGAUAUGCAGGACGGAAUAAGCACGGACGCAAACACGAACUUUUGACCAAAGCUCUCCACCUACUCAAAGCUGGUUGUAGUCCUGCCGUGCAGAUGAAGAUCAAAGAGCUAUACAGACGGCGCUUCCCAACCAAAAUGGUUUCGCCGGUGGACCUCGCCCUGCCCGGUGUUCACUCUGCCUCCAGCCUGCCCGCCGGCCUCGCACAACUGGGAUUUGAAAGCCAUGGGUCUCCGUCGCCUAUGCUGCCUGUUUCUUUGCUCGGGCCUAAGCAUGAGCUCAGUCUGCCUCACCUCUCCUCCGCCCUCCACCCCGUACACCCUGAUGUCAAGCUCCAGAGAUUGCCAUUCUACGACAUGCUGGAUGAGCUCAUUAAGCCAACCAGCCUCGCCUCAGACAACAGUCAGCGGUUCCAGGAAGCAUGUUAUGCCUUCGCAUUAACACCACAACAAGUUCAACAGAUCAGCAGCUCCAUGGACAUAUCUGGGACCAAAUGUGACUUUGCUGUUCAAGUCCAAUUAAGAUUUUGUUUAUCAGAGACAAGCUGUCCGCAGGAAGAUCAUUUCCCUCCUAAUCUGUGCGUGAAGGUGAAUGGAAAGCCCUGUAAUCUCCCGGGAUAUCUUCCUCCCACCAAAAAUGGAGUUGAACCAAAGAGGCCCAGUCGCCCCAUCAACAUAACCUCUCUUGUCCGACUGUCCACCACAGUCCCCAACACAAUCGUGGUGUCAUGGACUUCAGAAAUAGGGAGGAAUUUUUCCAUGGCUGUUUAUUUGGUAAGACAGCAGUCGUCUGCAGUGUUGUUGCAAAGACUACGGGCCAAAGGCAUCAGGAACCCUGACCACUCAAGAGCUCUGAUCAAAGAGAAACUAACGGCUGAUCCAGAGAGUGAGAUCGCCACCACCAGUCUACGAGUGUCUCUGCUGUGUCCUCUGGGAAAGAUGAGGCUGACAAUCGCUUGCCGGGCGAUAACAUGCUCACACCUUCAGUGCUUUGAUGCUACACUUUAUAUCCAAAUGAACGAGAAGAAGCCGACCUGGGUUUGCCCGGUCUGUGACAAGAAGGCACCGUAUGAGCACCUCAUUAUCGACGGGUUGUUCAUGGAAAUCUUGAAUAGCUGUUCUGACUGUGAUGAAAUCCAGUUCAAAGAAGAUGGAAGCUGGGCACCCAUGAGGUCAAAGCGAGAGGUGCAGGAGGUGUCUGCUUCGUACUACGGUGUAGACAGUGAUUCGUCUCGAACGGAUUCUCACGAGCAGAAACGAGGAUCAUCUCAUGACAACAGCAAGAAAGUGGAUGUGAUUGAUCUGACACUGGAUAGCUCCUCAGAAGAUGAGCUAGAUGAUGAGCCACCUCCUAAAAGGGCCUGUCCCUCACUGUCACCUGUGUCUCCACCUCCAAACAAGGGAGUGCUAAACCUACACAGCCAGACUUCACCUGUGAGCCGAGCUCCCAGCAUGCCCCCUGUGGAGACCAGCUACAUUCCUCCUCCUCCACCUCUUAUCCAGGACUACCGCCACUAUUAUCACACAACAAGUGACCUGCCAGAUCUCAAUUUCUUCUCCUUCCUCCAAGGCGACAAUCAGCAUUACAACAUGGUGAUGGCUGCGGCAGCGGCUGCGUCGGCUUCAGCCUCAGAGGACCACGACCUGCUCCUCAACCGUUUCCUGCCCUACGGCUCGUCUCAGAUGUUGCGGGAGCAGCCGGGCACCCCUGGGAGCAGCACGCUGGCAGCCACCAACGGAGGCAGCAACAGUGGCAGCACCAGCAGUUUGGUGUCUUCCAGCAGUCUGCGGGACCGCGACAAAGACAGAGAGAGAGACAGAGACAGGGACAGCCACUCCAUCUCAGGAUUGUCACGGUCCUCUGUGGAAGCCGCGGCGGCGGCGGCAGCCAUUUAUGGCUCCAUAUCUGACGUUAUCUCUCUUGACUAGAUCCACACAGAACUUAAAAACAAGGGAGACCUCGAGAACGGGAGUUCUUUGUAAAUAACGAAGAGGAAGAUGAAAGAAUACAGUGCUAUGUACAGAGAGGAAAAUCUAUUUUCAAUUUUACUUAUCAUAUGUACAUAAACUUAGGACGCUUCUUGUCCGGUGAGUUACUUCAGUUGAUAUUUUUCUGUGAAUACUGAAGACUUUUUCACACCUCUUCAUGUGGUCCUUUGAUUAAAUUGUACCUUUUGUACUUGGUUUUUACAGUUUUGUUUCAAUAUUCCAUGUCAAAGGCAUUAUUUCAGUAUGAUGUUAUGUGCACAGAACCCUAAUGAGGUGACACCUUAUAGAACAUGAUAUUUAGAACAUAAAGAAAAUGGGCAUUGUUAUAAAUGUACAAAAAGGCAAGUCACGGUAAACAGGAAAUGUGUAACACUUUCUUUAUUUUCUAAAUGGCAUCAUUACUGUCAAAACUGUUUUGACAGCAGAAAGAUCUGGCCAUUUUUUUCACUGUAGGUUUUUGUGUAAGACAUCCAUGCUGUGGUCAUAUGUGUAAGGAAUUAUUUAUGAUGUAAGUUAUGUCGGAUGUAUGCUGUUUUUUUUUUUUUUUUAAAGCAUUCCCUAUGCCUCUAGGAACCGUUGCCACUAGAAUUGCAAACACGAACGCUAGAUCCUUCUGUUGUCACAACGCUGCACUCUCCUCCUCCUCUAAGCUUUUUUCACUCAAGUCUAAUAUGAACAAAAUGUCAGAGUUCAGACUGUAAUUAAAAUACAUAUGAAUUGGAAAUAAGUCAAUAUUGUAGGACCAGGCUCCUCCAGUGUGUGGGUAGAUGGCACUGGUCCAGCAAGCAUCUCUCUGUUGUCACAUGACACAAUUUGACCUUUUAUACAGAUUUGAAAAUUACAAUAUUAUGUAUUUUUCUCUUAAGGUUUUAUUUUGCAUAUUACACUUAACUAAGCUGUGGUGAAGUGGCCAGUCGACAUCAACUAUGUGCUUCUCCACUCUGUGACGCGGCUACUUUCUCAUCCACUUGAAAGUAUUGUUUUAGUUCAAAGGCAUAAAAUUAGUUCAACAAGUGGGUUGAUGGCAUUUCAUGAUGUCUUUAUGUUUGAUUUUAGCACUUGCUUUUUUUUUCACAUAAAGGCUGCGUGGAGCAGUGAAGUGCUCAGUUACAGUAAACAUUUCCAAGAGGAGUUUUCAGCUUUGCAUGUCUUUGCAAACUCUCUGAAAGCUGUUUGAAUGUCUACUGUUCCUUUGUGAGGCUGCAGGACACGCAGCCUUUUUGUUGUUCAGUGUAUUUGCAACAGCCUAUAAGAUACCUGUGAUAGCUUAGUCUAUGACUGAAUCACAAUGCAUUUUGGCCCAGAAGUUAAAAUCCAUUGAAGUAAUUAUGAACACCCCCCCGCCUCCUUGUCCUCCCUUCCUCCUCUCCCCUUUAUUUUUCUUGACUUGUGCUUACAAUUAGGAUUAUUUAUUAUCAUAUAUAUUUUCAGCAUUUGUUUGAUUCGUGGAUAUGCAUUGCUGUCAUUGUAUGUGAUAUUUCUUUUGUAAUUAUAUAAUUAAUGCUAUUUAAAGAUGUCAUUGUUGCUUGACACGCAUUGUAACAUUUUCUGUUUCUCUGUCCGUUUUACUAUCAGAUGAUGUCAAUAACUCAGUAGAGGCUUUGAUCAUUUUGAACCGCUACAAGGUCUACUGUGCUGUUUGAUAUUUGUAAGAAUUAAACAGAUAUAAGAAAGUG